AUGGCCAAAACUAUGUCAAUUAUUCGAUAUAAAUACAAAGCAGACAGAGAUUUUGAAUCUGUACAAUUCGAAGGAAUGAGCUGUUCUCUUGGAGAACUUAAACGAUUGAUUGUCGAAAGAUCAUCACGAUCAGGAACACAUCAUCCAAGAGAUGAUUAUGAUUUAAUUAUUAGUAAUGCAACAACACAUGAAGAAUACAAAGAUAAUUCUGAUAUGAUUCCACGUAAUACAAGUGUUGUCGUAGCUCGACGUAUUCGAGGUGUGUUAGAAUCAUUAACACCGGCAUCAAAUCAAAAACCAAUUGUAUCAUCAGAUGAUAUUGUUAAUGAGUAUCUUCGACCUGCUAUAUUUCAACCAACACAGCUUACAAUACCUUCAACAACAAAUACAUCAUCAUCAUCAUCAUCAUCAAUUAUUGAAAGUAAAGCCAUUCCAUUAGAAAUGCUUACUCAGUCGUCAAAUAAUACGGCGACACAAGAAAUGAGUGAAGAUGAACGAAUUAAAGAAGUUGUAAAAACUUCUCAAUCACGAUACUUAACAUCACAUCGAUCGAAUACUUCAUAUACAUGUCACAAUUGUAAACAACCGGGUCAUAUAAGAAAUCAAUGUCCUCUUCUUCUGCAAUCAUCAUCUACAAAUUCAACUGGUAAUGCAACUGGUUCAUCGUUAUCCUCGGGCGGUGACCAUACAUCAAAAACUGAUGGUACACAGUCGAUAGGUUCAGGUUCGACUACACAACCAGUACCACAUCCAUCACAUAUUGUUACACAUCAAUCACCUUAUCAACUUUCAUAUCAUCAUAACAAUCAUUAUCAUGGUAAUCGUUCUCAUCAUCGUGGAUCAGGUCAUCCACGUAAUGAACCAUUACCUAAAAAAACAACAGGUAUACCACGUGAUGGCCUCAUUCAAAUUCCAAGACAUAUACCAGGCGCAUUCCGAGAUCAAACUGGUGCACCUGUUGUACCACGACAAAUGGCUCAGUUAAUUAUUGAAAAAAGUGAGAAAAAAGCUGAUGCAUUAGCCCAACGUGCUCGUCAAUUUCAAGAAAAAGGUGUUUUACCACCGGCUCCACCACCAUCUAUGUUACCAACAAAAUCUACUGAUGAAGAUACACCACCUGAUGAUCUUCUGUGCCCUGUGUGUAUAAAAGUUUAUACAGAUGCUGUUAUUACACCAUGUUGUCAUAAUAGUUUUUGUGAUGAAUGUAUUCGUACUGCUCUAGUUGAAAGUGAAGAUCAUGAAUGUCCACAUUGUCAUCGUCAACAUGUAGCUAUUGAUCAGAUAAAUCCAAAUUUAUUUUUACGAAAACAUGUUAAUCGCUGGCGUGAAGAACGACAACUUAAAUCAUCUUAUCCAUAUAUGCCAUUACCACAACAAACAUCAAUAGUUAAUUAUUCAUCGUCACAAACAUUAGAACAAGAUUUAGAUUCAACAUCAACACGAACAUCUGGAUUAAUAAAUGUUCAAAAUUCUGAUGAUGUUGAUGAAUAUGAUGAAGCUAUUCUUUCAACAGUACCACAACAAUCUGUUGUACCAGUUAAAACAGCACCAAUUGUUAUUAAAAUGCAACCAAUUGGACGAAGUCCAUCACCACAACCAAUUGUUUCAACAAGACCAGCUGAUAUGACAUUUGAAGAUGGAAAAGCACCGGAUACAGAUCAAACAACAUCUAGUCAAAAAGAUGUUAAUUCUGAGUUAUCAGCAACAAAUAAUAACAUUGUUGAAGAAAUACUGAAUACGAAAAUUGAUACAAAUGCUUCAGAAAAUGAAAAACCUGAUCGUCAAACUCCACCAUCUCAAGUAGCACCAGUAAGUGCAGUUCUUUCAUCUCCACCAACGGCAACAACAACGAUGGCUUCUACAGCAUCAGUUGUACCGUAUUACCAUCCAGCUCCUCCACGUAUUCCACCUCAUCAACAACAUGUUCAUCAUGGUGUUAUGUAUUCUCAACCAGGUCCACCAACAUCAUCAACUGGUCUUUAUCCAAUUCAACAUAAUUUUUAUCCAUCACCAAUGCAUGUUCCUUAUUCCGGUGUUCAUCAUUCGGUGGGUGCUCCUCCAAUCUUACCAGUUGGUGGUAUACGUCAUUAUCCAAGUCAUCCAUCAUUUCCAGCUGGUCUUCCAGCUCAUCAUUAUCCACUUGUUCCUUCACAUGUACAACCAAAUCCAAUAAAUGGAUUUCAUGUUGCACAUUUUGAAGCAGCUAAUGUAUCUUCUCUUCAUCAUCCAAAUACACCAUUUGCAGCAACAUCAACAUCAACAUCAACACUUAUUGCUCAUAAUCAUCAUCAUCAAACAGCUGCUCAACCAAUAUCAACACCAUUAGCAUCAGCUCUGUCUAAAGAUGAAUUUUAUAUGAAGCAACGUUAUCUCCAACGAAUUCAACGAUCUAGCAGUCGUCAUCGUACUCGUUCACGUUCUUCAUCAUAUUCAUCUUCUACCAGCACUGAUUCUCGUAGUUCAUCAUUUUCACGGCGUGAUGAUCAUCGUCAUCGUCGUUCAUCACGUAGUCGAAGUCGUCGACGAACAAGUGUUCGUCGUCGUGAUGAUAGUCGAACAAAAUCACCAAAUCGUGAUAGUCGUCGACAAAGACGUCGAUCAACACGCAGUAAUAGUAAACAACGACGAUCAUCUGGUGGACAUCGAUCACCAUCAUAUCGAAAUCGACGACGAGCUCCUACUACUAAUGAAAAAUAUUCAUCGAAUUAUCGAAGACCUUCUCCUCGUCCGUAUCGAUCGACUCGAAAUCGAGAAAGACGUCGUUCACCUCGUCCACCACCAACUAUUCAACAAUCAACUCAACGUACAAUUGUCUAUAUGCACGAGUCUUCAUCUUCAAAACAAAAUUCUGAUCGGAAUCAUCAUCGAACAAAAAGUCGUUCGAGACAUCGUUCACAAGUCAAUGAUGAUCGUAUCGCUCCGUCAUCUAAAACAGAAGAACAGUCCCAAUCUAAAUCAACACUUUCUACAUCACCAAUGACAGUACCAUUAGAUCAGCAACAUACGACACUUUCAUCAACAAUUAAACCGGUUAUUGAAGAAAAUCUUUCUGCUCCAUUAUUAUCAAAUUCUUCGGAUUAUAUUCAAUCAACUGAAACUAAUUCUAUGAAUCAAUCGAAUGAUACAACUGAAGAAAAAAAUUCGAAUAGCGAAAAAAAACGUAAAAAACAUCAUCAUCAUCAUAAAAAACAUCGUCGUCAUCGUUCAAAAAGUCCCAAUUCUAAAAGUAAAAAACGUCAUCAUAGUAAAGAUAAUGAUACAGAGACAAUCGUCAAGAAUACAAUGACGAAUUCAACACCGGUUAUUGAAACUCAAUAA